AAUGGUGCCAUUUUCCUCCUGGAAGGUUCUCAUUCAUCGCGUUAUCAGUUCAAAUGCUGGUGUGUACGGGGGCAAGGGAUCACCUUAUCUUAUAUUCUUUCAAUUUUGAAAGCUUCUGAGAGGCGUCCAUCAUCGGCAAUAUAUGCCGUCUGUUCUGCGAAGCGAUUGAUACCUUAG